CCAGCGUUGGCGACAGACGCGAGCGAUUCCAAACAACCGAUCAGCCAAGCGACCAAAAUUGAAGAAAUCUAUUCGACAAACUGAAACCAAACCGACUGAACAAUUUACAGUCCGCCGGGCCGUCGUUCAUUUAGUCGAUUGAUAAGCCAAUAAGCCGGUUAGUUAGUCGCGCGCACGCAGGCGUCGGCAUACACCUCCGCAAAUUCAUAUGCGGUCACAUUACUCGCGCAUAUCUGCUAUACAUAUAGAAAAACGUGCGGAGAUUUGCAGUUCAGCGGAUACCUCAACAAUUAUCUACUUAGUAUGUUUAACUGAUGGCUUAAAAAUGGUACACUCCAACGAAGAUGCUCUCAAUAAAAUUCCACUGAAAUCUGCUAGCGGCUUAGAUGAUGAGGAGAAAAAUGGUGGAGAAUUCACUAGUGAUACAGCGGUGGCGGAGGAGGCGAGACGCGAACAAAUGCGCGCGAACAUCCUCAAAUGGAUGAAAAAGUUAACGAUAGUACUCAUCUGCUUUAUCGGUGUGGCACUCAUCUCCUACGUUAUUAUCAGUCUAUGCUUUAGCGAUUGGUCUAAGACGUCAAAUGCACAAAGCAAAAACAGUACAGCCAUCGACAAUGAUACAUCCUUCGCUCUUCCCUCCAUCUCUAAUUAUUCUCUCUCGCCAGACGACGACAGCAACAGUAGUAAAAAUGGCGCGCUAGCGUCAAACUCAACAAGUGACGACAGUGCUGAAGGCAGCACAAUAGCCGAACUUACCACCACUACCAUCGCCACUGCAGCCGGCAGCAUCGCGAUAGCCGGCUUCAGUGAGUCAGCAGCAACACAGCCCACUGACGCCCUCACCGCCACCGUCAGCGCCGAGCCACCAACGGCGCCAAUAUCCACCUCGGCUACUAACAAUAUGCCCACCACAGCUCAAAAAACCGCCAGUAGCCAAGCGAAACCAACGAGAAAGGCGCUGGUGCUCAAGGAUACACCGCCAUUGAUAAAGGAGAAAUUCGUAUCGAAAUUGGGUGUUUAUGAGCAGGCGGCUGUGUGUUCAGAUCGCGAAGUUUGCAGCGAAAUUGGCAGGUGA